AUGGAAAAUAUUCUUGUGCUAAAAGAUUACAAGACAGUUCCAGAUAUAGUACACGAAUAUGGACCAACAUUAAAAUUUGGUCAUAUACCGUUAGUAAUAGAUAACGGUUCAUAUCAAUGCAGAGUCGGCUGGUCAAUAUAUGAGGAACCUCAUCUUAUAUUUAAGAAUCUUAUUGCCAGACCUAGGAAGGAUAGAUGUAAGAAGGAUGCAGAACCGCCUGUUACUCCCCCUAUUCAAAUAGGGAAUGAUAUAUUAAACAUAGAAGCUGUAAGAUUUCAACUAAAGACUCAGUUUGAUAAAAAUGUAGUGACACAUUUUGAGGUGCAAGAACAAGUGUGUGAUUACAUAUUCUCACAUCUAGGUAUUGACAGUGAGGGCAGUGUGCCACAUCCUAUUGUUAUGACUGAGGCUUUUGUGACACCCAAUUAUUGCAGGCAGUUGAUGUCUGAACUAUUAUUUGAGGGAUAUGGUAUACCCGCUGUGAGCUAUGGAGUUGACUCUUUGUUCAGCAUGUACAGAAAUGACAUAGGAGAUACGGCACUCAUAGUCAACUGUGGUUACCACACCAUACACAUCAUACCUGUAAUCAGGGGUAAAGUUAUUGGGGAACAUGCUAGAAGGAUAAAUUUAGGUGGUAGUGAAAUGAUAAGUUAUUUACAUAAACUUUUACAAUUGAAAUAUCCUGUUCAUGUGAAUGCUAUAACAAUGUCGCGCAUAGAGGAGAUACUUCAGGAGCACAGUUCAGUGGCACUAGACUAUCAAGAGGAAAUUAGAAAAUGGUCAAAUCCUGACUAUUAUGAAGCAAAUGUUAAAAAAGUACAACUGCCUUAUGUACAAACAGCCAGCUCUUCCGGACUUACUGCUGAGCAACAGAAAGAGCGAAAGAAGGAAAUGGCUCGUCGGUUAUUGGAAAUAAAUGCCAGGAAAAGAGAAGAAAGGCUUGCUGAGGAUGAGGAACAAUUGAAUCAACUUCUAGCAAUACAGGAUAUGAUAGAAGAUGGUGACACUGAUGAAUUUAAUGAAGCUAUCAAAGGAUUUGAUAUAAAAAGCUAUGAAGACCUUCAGAGACAAAUAUCAAACAUAAACGUUCGCAUAGAGAAGAACAAACAAAGAAUCCUGGCCGCGGCCAAUGCAGAGGAGAAUCUUGAAGUUCGACCAACACCCGGCCGUAUGCAACCACCUUCCGAUCCGGAAGCGUUUCAGGCCUGGCUCAAUGAGACGAGAGCUAAAUACCGCUCGCUGGUGGCGCGGCGCGAGUCGCGGCGGGCGCGGCGCGCGGCGAUGGCCAAGCGUCGCUCCGCCGCCGCCGCCGAGCGCAUGCGCGUCAUCUCGCGCCUCGCCGCCGCCGGAGACGACUUCGGCGACCAGGACUCCGACUGGGACGCUUACAAAAGCAUAAGUCGCGAGGCGGACUCGGACUCUGAGGCGGACGGCGAGCGGCUGGUGGAGCUGGAGGAGGCGCUGCGAGAGUACGAGCCGCCGCCCGCCGCCGACCAGCGCCACACCACGCACCAGCUGCACCUCGCCAUAGAGCCCUACAGAGCUCCUGAACUUAUGUUCCAACCCUCUAUGAUGGGUAACUUGGAAGCUGGUUUGGCAGAAUCAAUGGAAUAUGUCUUCAAACAUUUUAGCCCUGAAGAUCAGUUGCUCUUAGCUAACAAUGUAUUCCUUACCGGCGGCUGUUCACAAUUUCCAGGUUUAAAAGAACGGCUAGAAAGAGAACUCCUUGAAAUGAGACCAUUUCAAUCGACGCACAAAGUAGUCAAAGCGAAAAAUCCAAGUCUAGAUCCGUGGUACGGCGCCAGAGAUUUCGCCGGUAGCAACGAGUUUGAAAACUGGUGUGUGUCUAAGGAAGAUUAUUAUGAAAUGGGUGGAGAAUAUUUGAAAGAACAUUACGCGAGUAACAAGUACUAUAAGAGCCCAGCACCGAUUGCAGACAACAAUUUAGCGCCGGCAGGAGAUGCCAAUGUUGUAAAAGAAGAAAUUGUUGUAGACUGUUGACACAGAUAAUAUUAUAUCGUAAAAAACUAUCAAUAAAUGAAUUUAUCAUGUCA